UCUUCGCGGUCUCUCUCGCUGAGUCUCUCUCUCUCUUUCUAAGCACACAGAAGAAAAGUGACAUCUCUCUUAAAAAAACCCUACGACUCAAAUUUGUCUGCAGAAAUCAGAAUUGAAUAUCGGUGAUGUUGGGCGCUUUGAGGAGAAAAGUUGCGAGCGGAGGCUCAUCAGCUUCGGUGUUAGGGAAGUCAAUGCAGGCGAUUGGGUCGGGUGUUUCAGCAUCUAGAGUUUCUUCGAAUGCUGGAAAAGAGAUAAUAUUACUUCAAGCGAGAGGAUUUGCCCAUGUCCGGAACUUCUCUCAUCUUGUUCUGCCAGGCUGUUCAGCUGGUUUAACAAAGACAAGGGAUGUCAUUUCUAGCAUUCAGUCAGAGGCUAUGAUGCAAAAGUCAUGCAGGGCUUUCUCUUCUGGAGAUGGGGAUCUAGUUGAUGCUGUUGUUCCUUUUAUGGGAGAAUCAAUCACUGAUGGCACUCUGGCAACAUUCUUGAAAAAACCUGGUGAUAGAGUGGCAGCUGAUGAACCAAUUGCUCAAAUAGAAACAGAUAAGGUAACAAUUGAUGUUGUCAGCCCCCAAGAUGGUGUGAUACAAGAGUAUGUAGCCAAGGAAGGAGAUACUGUGGAACCAGGAACCAAGAUUGCUAUCAUUUCGAAGUCCGCUGAAGGUGUAGCUCCUGCUGCUCCUGCUGAAAAGAAAUCAGAAAAAGUUGCUUCCAAGCCAUCUCCUCCAGCUGAAGCCGUAGCUAAAGUUGAAGCUACUCCUGCUGCGGUGAAGCCUAAAGCCCCUUCUCCGCCACCUCCAAAACGAACUGCAACUGAACCUAUACUUCCACCCAAGGAAAGGGAAAGACGAGUUCCUAUGACAAGGCUUAGGAAACGGGUUGCUACACGAUUGAAAGAUUCUCAGAAUACUUUUGCAAUGUUGACAACAUUCAAUGAAGUUGACAUGACUAAUUUGAUGAAGCUCCGCUCUGAUUACAAGGAUGCUUUUGUUGAGAAACACGGUGUCAAGUUGGGAUUUAUGUCAGGAUUUGUUAAAGCUGCUGUUAGUGCACUUCAGCAUCAGCCUAUUGUAAAUGCUGUAAUUGAUGGGGAUGACAUUAUAUAUAGAGAUUAUGUAGAUAUCAGCAUUGCUGUUGGUACUCCAAAGGGGCUUGUCGUUCCAGUUGUCCGUGAUGCUGAUAAGAUGAAUUUUGCUGACAUAGAGAAGACAAUCAACAGUCUUGCAAAGAAGGCAAAUGAUGGGACCAUAUCAAUUGAUGAAAUGGCUGGAGGCUCGUUUACAAUCUCCAAUGGUGGUGUUUAUGGAAGUCUAUUGAGUACCCCCAUUAUCAACCCUCCACAGUCGGCUAUCUUGGGUAUGCACUCAAUAGUGUCUCGGCCAAUGGUUGUUGGAGGUAACAUAGUCCCAAGACCAAUGAUGUACAUUGCCCUCACUUAUGACCAUAGGCUGAUUGAUGGAAGAGAGGCUGUCUUCUUCUUGCGUCGUAUCAAGGAUGUCGUGGAGGACCCUCGUAGGCUGCUCCUUGAUGUAUGAAGGUCUUAAUCAGCGACUGCUGUGAUAUUUCAUGGUUUUCCUGGCACACCUAGCAUUGGAUAUACACCUCCUAUUUUAAUGAACAAGAAUAAGUGUCUAAAGUUUUGUAGGGUAUCAUUGUUCAUUCCACCCUUUAAUGAGUUCCGAAAUUGCGGCUGGCCAUUGCUGAACUAUAUUGCGUAUUGAAAUACAUCAUUCUAUUUUCUGUUGUGCAAAUAUGUCCAAACUUUUAUAAAUUCUGGUGUAACGGGUGCACAUAAUACCAAUGCAGGGUUUAAUGUAUUAUCCAUAAAUUGACAUUUGUGACACUUUCAAUGUGAAAAAUCAGACAUGGAAAGCUUUGCUUUCUUAUGAGAUUCA